UUAUUAACACGCUACGGUAAGCAUGGAGGCGAGUGCUUCCGCCGACGAGUACGAACACGCUGUAGCGAACGUUAUGUACGUAGUGAGUAACAUACCAGGGCCUGGGAUAGACGUGGCGGACUUUGAGGCAGAAUACACCGUAGGCUGUGGGUGUGUGCCUGAAUGCUCCGAUUGCUCGUGUACAGGCGGUUCCGCUAAUUAUUCUAACGGUCGAAUUGUCGACGAGAAAUUAAUCGGUCCGAUAGCCGAAUGCCACGCUCGUUGCAAGUGCGAGCCGAACUGCGGUAACAGAUUAGUGCAGAACGGCCCGUUGAGGUGUUUGACUGUCAGAGAGGCCGCCGACAAAGGUCUCGGCCUUUUCACGAGUAAGCUAAUAAAGAAGCAUCAAUUUAUUUGCGAAUACGCCGGCGAGGUGAUAGGUCUGCAGGAAGCCCGGCGCAGAAUCGAAGCGAAUAAACGAUGUAACGCGAUGAAUUACGUUCUCGUGGUGUCGGAACACGCUGGCGAUCGUGUUGUCGUCACCUGUAUAGAUCCGAAGUAUUUCGGCAAUAUCGGGCGCUACGCCAAUCACAGCUGUGAUCCGAACGCGGUCCUUAUCCCGAUCAGGGUGGAGGGAAUCGUGCCUCGACUGUGCUUGUUCGCGUCGAGAGACGUGGCGAUGGGAGAGGAAGUGACUUUUGACUAUGCUGGUAGUGCGAUGGCCAAUUCCGUCCGUUGUCUCAGCGAUACUGCCUGUCUUUGUGGUUCCAGCAAUUGUCGGCGUUAUUUACCGCAUAAUCGGAUUUAAUUAGGCGUGAGAUUUCCUGCAAUAUAUUGUACAAUGUGUAUUGCAAAAAUUACAACAGAUUCGAAGUUAAUCACAUGGAUUUGAUAUAAGCCAGAAACAAAAAUUAUAAAACUAUGUGUCUUGAAACUUGAUAUCAUAUGA